UCCGCGCAGUUUCCCCUUGAGUUCACAGUUCCGGCUUCCUCGGAGUCGGAGAGAAAAGGAGAAAUGCGGCUCUCCGUCUCUGCGGCCAUCUCGCACGGCCGCGUAUUCCGUCGCUUGGGCCUUGGUCCCGAGUCCCGCAUCCACCUGUUGCGGAACUUGCUUACGGGACUAGUGCGACACGAACGCAUCGAGGCGUCAUGGGCGCGUGUGGACGAGAUGAGGGGCUACGCUGAGAAGCUCAUCGACUAUGGGAAGCUGGGAGACACCAACCAACGAGCCAUGCGCAUGGCUGACUUUUGGCUCACAGAGAAAGACUUGAUCCCAAAGCUGUUUCAAGUACUGGCCCCUCGGUACCAAGGUCAGAAUGGGGGCUACACGAGAAUGCUACAGAUCCCUAAUCGGAAUAAGCAGGAUCGGGCCAAGAUGGCAGUGAUCGAGUAUAAAGGAAACUGCCUCCCACCCCUGCCCCUGCCUCGCAGAGACAGCAAUCUUACGCUCCUAAACCAGCUACUUCUGGGGCUGCGGCAGGACCAGGAAGCAAGUAUCCACAGCUCCCACACAUCUGAAAAACCAGGGAUUUAACUGGAGCCAAAGAGUGUGUAGCUCUCAUCAGUGCCCAUUAUCAUAGGUGUUUGGACUUCUUAAUCUCUAAGAACUGGAGCUAGAGCUGUGAAAUGGACAGUCUUAAUGGAGCCCAGAACUUGCUGAGGAGCCAGAUAACCCUCUUUGUUUUCCACAAUAGACAAAAUUCCUUAUAUGAAUAUAUGUAAACAGAUUUUUUCCCUCCCCUUGAGAUUUCUGAGAAUGAGAACUAUACAAACGAUCAUUUUCCAUGGGACAGUAAAUCCAUGUUUCCAGCUCUUAAAUCUGGGUUUUAUUUGGUUAGCAAAGUUUUGUUUUUCUUAAUGUUGAUUUAUAUGGGGCAUGCACACUAAAAUUCCAAACUGGCCUCUAAUGUGAUUGAGUUAUGACAUCUUCCAUAAAGGAGCCCCUGGUAUUUCUUAGAGAAAAAUUACCAUAUUUUGCCAUGUAUAAUGCACUCCCAAGUAUAGUGUGCACCCAUGUUUUUGGCCCAAACUUUCAGGAAAAAAACCUUGUUUUAAUUUUUUAAUUCAGUUUUUAUUUACUUAUAUUUAGAAACAAAACCACUUAUUGUAUUCCAGGGCAUUAUUUUGCAUAUGGAUAUCAUUAUUGCUUUCUAGAGUUACACUUUUAACACAUAAGCAUAAACUUAAAAGUUAAAAACAUUUAUAUAGGUAUGGAAUUAGUACUACCUGUGUAUAAUGUGUAUCCUUAUUUUUCCCUCAAAAAUUUGGGUGAAAUGCACAUUAUACACAGCAAAAUAUGGUGCUUCCCUACAGGGCUUGGAGAAUGAAUAUCUAGAAGUGAAAUUUCUGUGGAAUCUGGUACCCUAAGAACACUACCACCUGUGUUGCUAGGCAGGAUCACAUAUUACCCUCAUGUGCUCCCCUCGAGCCCUGAAUGGGCCUCAAAGGAGAAGACCUGAGGAUUCAGAUGUACUACUAUCCUGGCCAAAGGAGUGCAAGCAUUCAACCAAGAAUAUUAGACUCCAGGAUAACCUCCUUCCUCUUGGGGUGGGAGGGGGGCAAAAGUGGAGAGUGGAGUGAAGGAGAAGGUUGAUGUGGGAGGAGGAUUAGGAAAUUAAACCUGGGAAUUUCCUGGAAAUUUUUUAUUGUUGUCAAAUCUGGGCCUCUCUGGGAACUUAAAAAAGGGAAAUCCGGUUUAAGAAUGGCCGAGCUUAUGAGAAGUAGGAAGCUCCUUUAUAUCCAUUAAUUACUGUGAAGUCAAACUUGGCCCAAGCAGGCUGCCUAUCACUCAAGGCUCAGAGGCUUGACUAGGGUGGUAGUUACAGGAAGACUUGGUGCUGUCACCCAGGCCUAACCACUGGAAAGAAGACAUUUUAGGCUGGACCUUCAGAGCGUAUUAGGCCUAACCCCAUCCGUUGUCUGAAAUAAUAAGGGUAAAAGUAAAGAGGUCACUGUUCUAGCAGAUAACUUCAGUGACAGCUACUCUGGUGGUAUUUCACUGUACCUUCUCUACUGACACAACCAACAAGGUUCUCCAUCUCUCCCUGUGCUCCAAUUUGUCCACACAUUCUUAACAGAAAACCUGACAUUUUGAGUGAUGUACUAAACACUCAAAGUAUUAAUUAAGCCUGUAAUUCUGAAUGUUUCUGCCACAAAAUUCAACCCUUUCUGUCUUUUUGGCAUGAACAUUCACCUCAGCUAGAUAACUCGGACCCACUCUUGACUCUUAGAGACUAAGUACUUAUAUCUUCAUCUUAAAACCACAUCUUUGUAUUACUGGUAAUAGGUGGGUUAUGGCUGACUUUCAUAG